AUGUUUGGUUCCCGCCAGCUUUGGUUCAGUUCACAUAACCCCAGUUCAGGCUGCAUGACACUUGUCAAAGGUGGCACUAGACAACAUGUUGUCUACAAUAACCAGGCUCGCACGGCUAGUAUUGCUGCUCUUCCAAGUCAAACAUUUAAUGUUAAAUCACUCCUAGCUGCUGGAGUCUGGAAUAAUAAUUUAAGACUUUCAAUACUAGGAUAUCGUUCGAGUUACAUUGUUUAUACUAGUAAUGUAAUUCUUCAGGCUACAGCAACCAGUGUCAUUGAUUUACAUUGGACUAACAUCGAAAGACUCAAUUUUACAUCCUAUGGUGGAACUUCUGCAGGUUUUCCACAUUAUAGUGGAACAAUGUUUGCUAUGGAUGACUUAUGCAUAAGCAAACAGCAAGAGGAGAUUGACAUCGAAUAG